AUGGCCGCGCCGGAGAGCGCGGCCUGGGACUCCGGGCGCCCUCCCAGAGCGCGCUCCGCCCGUGCCCCAGCUAGCCUCGGCUUGGGCGCCCACCACCAAAGAGCCCGCUCGCCCGGCCAUCUCUGGCCGUUCCCUCUCGCCUCUCCGGAGUGGCCGCGCCCUCAGCGGCCGGGCCCAGAGGCCCUGGUCCGCGGAGCUGGGUGCGCAGCCGGGGGAGGCCCCGCGCACUCAGCGGUCGGCUUGGGGUCUCUGCGCUCAUCCGGCGCGCAGGGGUCUGACGCGGCGGCCCAUCUAGGCCAGGGCGCGGCGGCCUGUGGGUGGCGGUGGAGAUGGCGCGGUGCAGUCCCCUCCGCGGCUCCGUGGGCCACGCCAGGCGCCGGGCCGGCCAGGCGGAGAAGGGGCGGUUCCUUCGGGCAAGGCUCGUUUCUCUCACGCAGCGGUCCGGAGGCUGGGACCUGGAGGGGGAUCAGGGCGCAGAGCCGCGGGGACAAGGAGGUGGUGGGCACGGGGCUGCGGGGCGCUCGGAACGGCCGGGGAGGUCCCCGGGCAGGUGCAGCGGCCGUCCCCGGAGCGCAGUGCCCGCGCGGCCGAGCCUCUCGGCGCCCCGCGUCCCGGCCGGCAGAUAUCCGAGAGCCGCGGAGCCGCCCCCCGCGUCAGCGCCCGCAGAUUGGCGGAGACGCAGCCCCGCGAGUCACGGCCAGGCCUGAGCCGACUCCGCUCCCUCUCCUUUCUCCUCCCCUCGGCCGCGCCCCGCGUUGCCUCUGCAGCUCCCGGCCCGCUAAGGAGAGGGCGCCUUCUUCCCUUGGUGGCCGAGAGAAGACGGAGCGACCCAAGAGACAAAGGCCGGAGGGCUCGGGCGCGGCGAGCCGACUCCCGCAAGACGGGGAGCGCGCGCGGACGCUGUCGAAGGGGCCUCUCCGGCCAGGCCGCGGGACGCGGGACCUCCGCCCGCCUGGGGCCGGCCGCCGCCAGCUGCAGCCUCCGGGCUCCUCCCCAGAUGAGCCGAGGGCCGGAGUCCAGGCCAAGUCCCUCCCCGGAGCCGCCGGGCGUCUGCGCCGCCGGAUGAGCUCCCUGCCGGGAGGCGACCUCGUACCCCCCACCCCGGGAGGCCCCCAGCCGCGCCCCGCACCCGGCGUGGGGGAAGAGGGGACGACCGGCCGCCGCCUCGUCGCCGGAGAGACGAGAGGAGCUCGGGUGCUUCACCCCUGGGACUCAUGGACUCUCUGUGUCUGGCCCGGGCCCUACCCUGCAUGCAGUAGGCACCCACCAGAUGCUGGUGAUGGAGAGGUGUCCCAGCCCAGCUGGCCAGAGAAGUGAAGAUCUCUGAAGCCAUUUGAAAAUUAAGUGGAAAGGUCACUGGGCCCCAUCUGGAGCUGAAGAUAGAGCUGGAGGUGGGAGGGGGCGGGAAGGGAAGGCGGAUCUGACCUGGCAAGAGCUCCUCCUCCCUCCCACACCGCACCAUUUGUGUGCAGAAGAGGUAAGUUUGGGCAAGGUUACCUGGACAGGCCAAGGAGAUGAUGUCCAAGAUGAGAGGUUGGUGAAGGAGCCCCUCCCCCUUACACUGGGAGAGCAGAGCCAUGAGCCCCACAAUGUGUCCCUUGGCCUUGGGGUUCUGCAGCCUCUGGCCCCCUCAGCUCUUCCCUGGACUGUGGCCUCAGGGUGGCCGUGGGGAGGCCUGACCCCAUGAAUCAUGGAGAGCAUGUAGGGGGCCUCCAUGGGUCUCAUGCCCAACCCCCCUCCCACCAUGGAUUCUUAGGAAAGCUGAGGUGUUAGUUGGACUUCUGUUCACCACUGGAUGGCUCCCUUGCCUAGUUCUUGGUUCACCUUAACUAUCACCUUGAAGAGGCAUUGUCUUACUGACCAGAUGGUUUCAAUGUCCCACUACUCUGUUUCCCUAGCAACACCCACCACUACCUGAAAGUAACAUCUUCUGUUCUUGUCUAUGGCUGGCCUCCCCUAAAAUGCACAGGCCUCACUAUGUAGGAACCUCCCAGCAUGCCUUGCUCACAGCUCUACCCUGGAGCAGAGCAGGUGCUCAGGGCCCCUGGGUUCUCUGAGGACGCCCCAGCGGGAGUGUGGUCCCCAGAGUGCCAUCUGAGGCAAUCUGCUAGGGAGGGAGAUGGUGUCCCAGAGGACUGUGGAGGGAGGGGUUUUCCAGGCAGAGGGGGGGUGGGCAAGCAGCCUGGGCCCUGGAUGUAGAUGUAAGGCCUUCGGGUUCUUUGUGGCUGGUCCCUGGGGACAGGGAGCACGGGGAGAUGCCGCUUGCUCUAAAGUGCUUAGGAUAACCCAGAAGUCAGUCACUCCUCGGUCUUGGUUAAAGCACAAAGGAGGCGAGCCUCCCACCCUGAACCUCCCCUGGGUGUGCGAAGCCCCCAGCUGGGCUGGCCAAGGAGGUGCCCUGAAUACAGGGCUCCUUUAGGAGGGCAGAGGUGAGGCCAGGGAAGAGUGCCAGUGUAGGAGAUGCACAGUGCUGGCUGUGGAGUGAGGGACGGGGGAACCAGAGCAGUGGUCGUCUGUGAUGGGGGACCCCCACCACAAGGACACUUUGGGGUUGGUGUAACAGGUGAUGAAGCAGAGCUGCUGAGGAAAGACUGUCCUGGGAGCUGCAGGCCCAGCAUCAGAGGAUGACUGGUUUUCCUGCCCAAAUGGCUGGAGAACAUUCCAGAAGGGCCCAGGAGAGAGGCCCAGAGGGACCCACCCACAAGGUCCUGGCACCGACAUGUCUCAGUCCCUUGAUGUUUUCCUAAGGAUUACUCAUCCAGGACCCAGCGGGGAGGCUUCUGGAACUGUUGAUCACAGGCCAGUCCUGGCCACAGGCUAUUCUGGGAGCUGGGGGCAGACAGGCAGCAAGGAGAAGGUCAUGGUCUUCACCUGGGACCCGUGUCCAGGCGUCAUGGGGUGUGCGGUUCUAACCCUUGUCCACUGGCACCAGGCAACAUGGAACUGGACUUGGUGGGCAGGGGGACAGGCUCAUGGGCCUGGGCAGCGGAACUUACACAGGGAAGGCCCACCACCGGGUGAAAUGCCCCCGCAGGAGACGGUGAGCUGACACCAGCGUCCUCUGUGCUGGCUUUGAGCCACUCCCCCUGGAGCAGGGGGACAAGGUGGGGCCUCUGGCUUGUUCAUUCUCCAGCCACCAGGCCAUCGCCUGAGGGGUCUUUGGAAAAGAGAGCUUCUUUGUUCUAAUUUAAAGCAACAGGUCAAGAAGCCAAAAAUGAACAAAUAAAACCAUAAAAAAGCUUGACUUAACUUUGGAGAUCUUGGAUCAUUUAAAUACGUGAUUUAUAUUCUAGCAUACAUGGAAUAGCCACGAAAACUGACCAUCUGUUGACCAUAAGGAAAAUGUUAAGAAACUGCAAAGGCAAAUGUCUACCGUCUGUUCACGGUGUGUGUGCAUGGACACACUGACAGAGAAACGCAGAUACACACGACCUGUGGUCCCUUCACUGAACACAAUGCAGUUUAACAGAAACAAGAGCUAAGCUUUAAAAAUUUUUCUACCUGGAGAUUAAGACUACAAAUAAAAACUCGUAUGUAUAAUUUGGGGGGUCAUGAAGGA